UUCGAUCUUUUCAAAACAAUCGCACAGAAUCACAACACGAGAACCUUUUCUGGUGCUCUAGAAAAGUGUUGUUUUUAGCGAUUUCUUUACGUUUCACAUAAAGUUUUUCGUCAAAAGUGGAACUUAAUCACAAGUUACUAUGGGUAAGAAAAAGUUUAUCGACAAGAAAAAUGCUGUCACCUUUCGUUUGGUGAACCGUAGCCAGCAGGAUCCUCUGUACGUAGAUGAAAGGGCGCCGCAGAAUGUGCUGCUUCCGCUGCGUAUUCCCGAAAAGUAUUCUAAAUUGGCAGGUGGUCAAUCAAGGCAAGAGCCUUCGGGAUCGAAAAUUGAUCCGGCCAAACGUAAAACAGAACAAGCAAAGUAUGGCGUAUUUUUCGACGAUGACUACGACUACCUGCAGCAUCUACGCGAACCUGGCCGGAACGAGGUGUUUUGGGAACCGAUCGAUUCGAAGACCACCAAGGAACAGCCAGGGGCGCAGAAGGUUAGCAUUAAGCUGCCUAGCUCGGUGUUCGCAUCCCAGUUCGAGGAAAAAGAAGGAAUUAUGAAAAAAGCUGCUAACGCACGCCCUGGACCUCGUCCGGACUGGGAUCCGGAUGUGGUGGCAGCUUUGGAUGAAGACUUCGAUUUCGAAAAUCCCGAGAAUGAGCUCGAGGACAACUUCAUGGAACUCGCCAUGCAGGAAGGUGGCGGAGGAGGGGAUGAAUUUUUAGACGAAGACGACGAACAGGAUAUCGAUUCCGACGGUAUGGAUGACGACUAUUUGGAUGAGGAACGCGACGGCUUGGGACCGUUGGGAGACGAGUAUGGACGGGAAGAAACCAAAUCACGCUUCACGGAAUAUUCCAUGUCCAGCAGUGUGAUACGGCGCAACGAACAGCUAACGCUCCUCGAUGAUCGUUUCGAGAAGUUCUACGAACAGUACGAUGAUCCGGAAGUAGGUGCACUGGAUUGUGAGGAAAUCGAAGGACACGUCGAGGUGAACGACGAUGUGCUGCUGCGGUGUGCGGAAGAGUUCAAGAGGGAAAAUGAAGAAAAUUUUGAGGUCGAGUUCGAAAAACGCUGGGUCAGAGAACGCCUUUUGGAACUGCAAGAAGAAUCUUCGGGCGACGAGCAAUUGGUUGAGAUGGAGGUGGAAAAUAGUGAGCAGAAAAAAUGGGAUUGUGAAAGUAUUCUAUCUACGUACAGCAACAUUUACAAUCACCCGAAAUUGAUAGAGGAACCGAAGCGUAAUCGCAAAAUUAAAAUCAAUUCCAAAACUGGCCUACCCGAAAACGUGCUUGGUUCGGAAGGGGGGAAAUUGACGAUGAAAUCUCUGGCUAAACUCGAGCAAGGCGAAAGUGCAAAGGCAUCUGGUCCCAAAUCACUAUGCGAUGGAAGUGUGAUUUCUACCCUGAGUGUGCUCUCUCUAAGGCCAAAAGACGAAACACUCGAAGAAAAGCGUGAGCGCAAAAAGUUACUGAAAGAGUACCGCGCCGAACGUAGAAUUGAACGCAAAGCAAACACACAGGCGUUCAAGGAGGAGAAGAAAAUGCAGGAAAAGAGCAAGAUCAACGCACACAUGAACUCGGGCAAAACGAUCGUUUGAGUUACGGUGUUGUGGAGUGGAGGAGUGAAAUUUUCUCUGUAUGUAUAAUUAUACAAUGUGCUUUGCGUACAUAAAUCUAUAAACCACGUAACCACGUUUGAGUGUUAAUGUUAUUUGGCGGAUAAUCUCCAUUUGAUCCUGUUGGCCGAAUAAAUUUCUAAUAGUCGA